CCGUAACCCCUGCCCACCCUCUCCAUGAAUCGAGUUCACAUCGCUUGCUUCUCUCAGCCUCUCCCUCGAUCUUCUUCAUCGCAUACACCACCUCACGCGCACACAAUGGGAACGCACCCGCAACAGCAGUGCCCCGACCUCGCCGUCCUCCAGAGAAUUCGCAGCCAUCUCCUCGACGAGGAUCUGUUCACUGCCGCGGGCGCCACGAUGAUCGACUUCCAUUAUCCGACAUUGGAUGCUAAUGGCGAUGGCAGCGAGGAGCCGAUCACUGCCGCCGGCACCACGAUGAUUGACUUCCAUUAUCCGACAUCGGAUGCUAAUGGCGACGGCAGCGAGGAGUUGUUCCCCGUCGCCGCCCAGGGUGCACCGCCGCUGCCUAUGCCGCCGCCACCGGCCCCAUUUCCAGCUCGAGAAAGGGGGAGGAACUAUCGGGGGGUGAGGCAGCGGCCAUGGGGGAAGUUCGCGGCGGAGAUCAGAGACCCAGGGAGGAAUGGGGCAAGGGUCUGGCUGGGGACGUUUAGUACGGCGGAGGAGGCGGCGAUCGCCUACGACCGCGCGGCGUUCCGCAUCCGUGGCUCUCGUGCGUUGCUCAACUUCCCGCUCCUGAUCGGCUCGCAGGGGACGCCUCCGCCGCCUUCAACCUUGCCGCCACUGUCGGGAAAUAAGAGGAGGAAGAGAGUGGCGGCGCUUGCUUCGUCUACCGGUACUGCUGAACCAGAGCGAUUAGUGAGAGCAUGAAUUCCAAGUAAUAACUUGUCACAAAAUACUUCUCCUUUCCAUUGCAACUAAUGUUCAGAUGUCCGAAGCUUUAUCAUCA